UUUUUUCUGUGUUGGUACCUACAGGUAACUAUGUUGGAAUUGAUUUCAUCAGUGCUUUUAAUGGGGUUUCCAGUAUUUUGCUGUUAUAAAUAAAGCUGUAGUAUAAACACACUAAGUUUUUGUGGUUCUUCUCUCAGACUUCCUCCUGCCAGUCAUGAGCCUGUGCUGCUGGAAUUCACUUCCAUUGCCUCUACCAACCUGUCACCACUCGGCCCCUCCCUUUUUAAUCUUUUAAUCUGUUUAGUGCUGGGUUGAUAAUAACAGCUUACAUUUAUGGAAGUGCUUUAUGUGUAUUAAAAUUUCAUUUAUUUCUCAGAAUAAAUACACAGGAUAGGCGUCGUCUCCCAUCUGCCAUGUUGGAUCUCUUUCAUGUGACAGUCAUCUUUGAAAACUAAUAAUGGUAACAUGUACUGUGGAGCUUUAUUGUGAAGAACUUAUGAAAUUCUUGUUAUUUGCAGUAGUUAUGUUCUAUAAAGUUGCUUCAAACACCAAAUUAGCGAAUACUGAACCGUUGCCCUCAGGGGAAAUACGAGUGAACCUCGGGUUACAACAUUGUCACUAACAGAUCAGUACAUAACCUUGUUUUGUGUGUGAUUCUAUUUAAACUUUGAACUCACAGACAGCAGUACUCUAAUUUCAUGUUUGAACAAAGGUUGUUUAACGUGGAUUUUCUCCCUAAGGCACCUCAUACCCUUCUUGUGCCUAGGAGCCCUAGAUAACACUUUGGCUCUGUGCUUGCAGCCAUUUUCAACAGUGAGAGUAACAAAAGCAAAUGAAAAAAAAAAAAAGACAUUAAGUAUACUGUUAUAUGGACACUUAUUUACAGUGUGAGCAGUGUGAGAGCUGAAACAAGAAGGUAGAGCCUCGCCUUGUUUGACUUCAGCUGGGAAGGCAUGCAUCAGAGGUGCUCAGCACAGUGGACUUUGUCGCCCCCGAUGACCGGGUAGUCUUCCGCACCUGCGAAAGAGAACAGAGCCGGGUUGUCUUCCAGAUGGGGACUUCAGAUGCAGAGCGAGCCCUUGCUGUGGCCAGACUUGUGGAAAAUGAUGUGGCUGGUAUUGAUGUAAACAUGGGCUGUCCAAAAGAGUAUUCCACCAAGGGAGGAAUGGGAGCUGCUCUGCUAUCAGACCCUGACAAGAUUGAGAAGAUCCUCAGCACUCUUGUCAAAGGGACACGCAGACCUGUGACCUGCAAGAUUCGCAUCCUGCCAUCGCUGGAAGAUACCUUGAGCCUUGUGAAGCGGAUAGAGAGGACUGGCAUCGCUGCUGUCACAGUUCACGGAAGGAAGCGGGAGGAGCGACCUCAGCACCCUGUCAGCUGUGAAGCCAUCAGAGCCAUUGCUGAAGCCCUCUCCAUUCCUGUCAUAGCCAAUGGAGGAUCUCACGACCACAUCCAAAAGUAUUUGGACAUAGAGGACUUCCGACAAGCCACAGCAGCCUCUUCAGUGAUGGUGGCCCGAGCUGCCAUGUGGAACCCGUCCAUCUUUCUCAAGGAGGGUCUGCGACCCCUGGAGGAGGUCAUGCAGAAGUACAUCCGAUAUGCCAUACAGUAUGAGAACCACUACACCAACACCAAGUACUGCUUGUGCCAGAUGCUACGAGAACAGUUGGAGUCGCCCCAGGGAAGGUUGCUCCAUGCUGCCCAGUCUUCCCAGGAAAUUUGUGAGGCCUUUGGUCUUGGUGCCUUCUAUGAGGAGAUGACACGAGAGCUAAAUGCCCGGCGGGCUGAACUCUUGGCCAGAACCCCAGAGGCUGUGGCAGAGCCAGCUGAAGACACCUCUGGUGUCAUUAAGAUGGCUGUCAAGUUUGACCGGAGAGCAUACUCACCCCAGAUCACCCCCAAGAUGUGCCUGCUAGAAUGGUGCCGGAAGGAGAAGCUGGCGCAGCCUGUGUAUGACACGGUUCAGCGGCCCCUGGAUCGCCUUUUCUGCUCUGUCGUGACUGUUGCUGAGCAAAAGUACCAGUCUACCUUGUGGGACAAGUCUAAGAAACUGGCGGAGCAGGCUGCGGCCAUCGUCUGUCUGCGGAGCCGGGGCCUCCCUGAGGGUCGCCUGGGCGAGGAGAGCCCUUCCUGGCACAAGCGCAAGCGGGAGGCCAUUGACCAAGACCCUGAGGGUUCCAGAAAUCAGGAGCACACGGUGCCUGGGGAGCUGUGCAAGAAGCUCUUUGUGGCCUUGGGAAGUGGUGAAGAGAGCCCCCUGGGAGGCUGGUGAGCAUUGUCCCUACCUUGGUCACCUGCUUCAGGAGCCUGGCCGUAAGAUGUCUGUGGGUGCAGACCAUGAACAGAUGCCAUCGGACAAUUCUCUGACUGUUCUUGGCAGGAGUUACGAGGUCCUGACCUGGGCUGUCAGCCUGGAGCACAGGCUAAAGGGUGCCUAGGGUGCACAUCUCCCUUGGUGGGUCAGAGUAGCAAGGCCGAGUUCCCAGUGACCUCAGUAUUUUCUUUGAAAACAGGAGCUUUUCAGGUGGCGUCUCCUCAUCCUGACAUUGGAACAGUGCAAUAAAGAUCUGCCCACCCUUC